AUGGCUCUCAAUAGUGCUGCUCCGAAUGCAGCUGGUGGGACCAUCGAGCUUGUCAGGCCGCAAAAUGCAGAAGCGGAAUCCUCGGGACUACAAGUCCAGUUCUACGUAAUAGACGAUAGAGGUGGCCAUUGUCAAGGCAAAUUGCCAGUGUGA